GAAAGGAAGCAUUCUGCUUGUUUGGAAUCUUACGAUGGCCCCAAACUUACCUAAUUAAAUGCUCCUUGAUAAUGAAGCAAAUUAUUUUCAAAGUUAAUGAAUUUGCAAGCAGCAGUGUUGCCAUCUUCCGAGAAUGUAUUACUCACGUUCCUUACAUACAUUUCUCAGUUAAACGCUAAUUAAGGUUAGUGCUUAAACACGGGGAUGGAUCUCACUGCGAAAGCAAACUCCCCUUUGUUUUCAAACCGUAUAAGACGACCACAAUUUCCCUUCUUGCAGACAUCAGCUGCACACAGAAACUUAAUUCUAGGUUUUGGACAAAAUGGAAAUUAUUUCAUCCAAACGAUUCGUUUUAUGGACCUUAGCCGCUUCAAGCUUGUUAACAUCCAACAUCUUUUGUACAGAUGAAUUAGUGCUGUCCAGUCUUCACAGCAAAAAAAAUUAUGACACAUAUUCCGAGCCUAGAAGAGAUUCUAAAUGGGAAAAACAAAGAAGUCUCAAUUUUGAAGAAUUAAAAGAUUGGGGUCCAAAAAAUGUCAUUAAGAUGAGUACACCUGUGGUCAACAAAAUGCCGCCCUCGGCAGCCAACCUGCCACUGAGAUUUGGGAGGACCAAGGAAGAAGAGAGCAGCCCUGGGGCAACGGCCAGCCUGCCUCUGAGGUUUGGAAGAAACACAGAAGACAGCAUGUCAAGACCGGUUCCCAAUCUGCCCCAAAGGUUUGGGAGAACAAUAGCUAGAAGUAUCACCAAGGCACUGGGUGCUUUGCUCCAACAAUCCACGCGUUCACCAUCUGCCAAAGGGUUACUUUACUCCAUCACCCGCCAGCCCCAAGAAAUCCAGAAACCUGAUCAAAAGAACCUAAGGAGACGUUUCAAGAAAAUAGAUGAUGCAGAAGUGAAACAAGAAAAAUAAGAACUCCAGAGCCUGUCCCUAAAGACAAUGCAAAACUGCAGCCAGUUAUCUGCAAGCAACUCAGUGGUGAACAUAGCAGUCAAUGAAGCCACUGUGCUUUUUUAAUAGGUUUUCAUUGAUAGCAAUUUUUCCUUCUCAGUACAGCUAACAUCUUGAAAGUUCUUUAAAAAUGUAAAGAAUAUUGUAAUGAUAAAGAUUAAAUAAUUUUGUCUAAAUAAAAAGAGCACUUAAGAAGUCUCUAUCUAGUAGGAUGUGUAUACAUGUAUAACUGACUCAGUUGUAUAGCAGAAAUUGUUACAAUAUUGUAA